AUGAUCCUCCACAAGGCCGACAACGCACUGAUGUGCAAGGCGUUUGCAAUGACCUUGCGAGGAGCAGCUCAGGACUGGUUCCACACCCUGCCAUCCGGGUCGAUCAACAGUUUCAAGGAGCUUGCCUAUGUCUUCACUAAAGAAUACACUUCUUAUCGGACGAUCAAGAAGAACCCAGAUCAUCUGUUCAACCUGCGCAAGAAGCCCGACGAAUCCAUUCGAGAUUACAUCAAGAGGUUCAAAGCAGAAAAGGCCAACAUCGUAGGGUGCAACGACCAAAUCACAUUAUCUGCCUUCAAGAAAGGUCUUCCAGCAGAACACGAGUUAUACCGCGAGUUGACUAUCACUCCCAGCCAGACUCUAGCAGAGGUCUUCACGACCGCAGAACGUUACGCGCUCUAG